GCGCGUCGGGUCCUGGAAUGAGCCGGGCAAAGCAAGGGGAAGGAUGGGGGGCGGGGGUUGGCGGCUCCAGGUUUCGCGCAUGCGUGUACUGCACAAACCAUUUGGCGGGUUUUCCUGGCCACUCUGUUCUGCCACCGUCACUGAGAAGCUCAGCGGUAGCUUUUAGAAAGCAGGACGUUCUCUCCACGAGAGCGUCCUCUCGAGAUUUCUGCUCCCUCCAUUCAGGGCGUUUGGGGGCCACCCCUUCAUUUUUUUAAAAAAAGUAUUUCUCUGUGACCGACGGCCGGGGCCUUCUGACGGUCUGAGGUCCUGCUUGGGCCAGUCACCUCCUGUCACGGUCCGCGGAGGGUGGAAGGAUAAGAGGGCGAGGAGCUCAUCGCUCGCCACGCCCGUGGAUUUAUUGGGCGCAGGUCGGAGCUGGGUGGGCCGGCUCCCCGACCCCUGGCUUGGGCGACCAUGUCCGCAUCCGCCCAGCAGCUGGCGGAGGAGCUGCAGAUCUUCGGCCUAGACUGCGAGGAGGCUCUAAUUGAGAAAUUGGUAGAGCUUUGUGUUCAGUAUGGACAGAAUGAGGAGGGAAUGGUAGGCGAGCUUAUAGCCUUCUGCACCAGCACACAUAAAGUUGGCCUUACCUCAGAGAUCCUGAACUCUUUUGAGCAUGAGUUUCUGAGCAAAAGAUUAUCGAAAGCCAGGCACAGUGCCUGCAAGGACAGUGGCCAUGCGGGAGCUAGAGACAUUGUUUCCAUUCAAGAGCUACUUGAAGUGGAAGAAGAAGAGGAAAUCCUCUUGAACUCUUACACCACACCCUCAAAGGGUUCUCAGAAGCGAGCUAUCUCUACCCCAGAAACCCCCCUAACAAAAAGGAGUGUGUCAACUCGUAGCCCCCAUCAGCUCCUCUCACCGUCAAGUUUCUCUCCAAGUGCUACUCCCUCCCAGAAAUACAACUCACGAAGUAACCGAGGAGAAGUGGUUACCUCCUUUGGCUCAGCACAGGGAGUAUCUUGGUCUGGGAGAGGAGGAGCUGGACACAUCAGCCUGAAGGUCUUGGGAUGUCCAGAGGCACUAACUGGGAGCUACAAAUCCAUGUUUCAGAAGCUGCCAGACAUUCGAGAAGUUCUGACCUGUAAGAUAGAGGAACUUGGCAGCGAACUGAAGGAACAUUACAAGAUUGAAGCUUUCACUCCUUUGCUAGCCCCAGCACAGGAGCCUGUCACUCUGCUGGGCCAGAUUGGCUGUGAUAGCAAUGGGAAGCUGAACAACAAGUCAGUGAUUCUUGAGGGAGACCGGGAACAUUCCUCGGGUGCUCAGAUUCCAGUGGAUUUAUCUGAGCUUAAGGAAUAUUCUCUGUUUCCUGGACAGGUUGUAAUUAUGGAAGGAAUCAACACCACUGGUAGGAAACUUGUUGCCACCAAACUCUACGAGGGUGUGCCACUUCCAUUUUAUCAGCCCACUGAAGAGGAUGCAGACUUUGAGCAAAGCAUGGUCCUGGUUGCCUGUGGACCAUACACCACGUCUGACAGCAUCACGUAUGACCCCCUGCUCGACCUGAUUGCUGUCGUCAACCAUGACCGGCCAGAUGUCUGCAUCCUGUUUGGCCCUUUCCUGGAUGCUAAGCAUGAACAGGUGGAGAAUUGUCUACUGACAAGUCCAUUUGAAGACAUUUUCAAGCAGUGUCUACGAACAAUUAUUGAAGGCACGAGAAGCUCCGGCUCCCACCUUGUCUUUGUCCCGUCAUUGAGAGAUGUGCACCAUGAGCCUGUGUACCCCCAGCCGCCUUUCAGCUACUCCGAUCUGUCUCGAGAGGACAAAAAGCAAGUACAGUUUGUGUCGGAGCCCUGCAGCCUCUCCAUAAAUGGAGUGAUCUUCGGCUUGACGUCCACGGAUCUGCUUUUCCACCUGGGGGCCGAGGAGAUCAGUAGUUCUUCUGGAACUUCAGACAGAUUCAGCCGAAUACUCAAGCACAUCCUGACCCAGAGGAGCUACUACCCGCUCUACCCGCCCCAAGAAGACAUGGCCAUUGACUAUGAGACGUUCUAUGUCUAUGCACAGCUGCCUGUCACCCCAGAUGUGCUCAUCAUCCCGUCAGAGCUGAGGUACUUCGUGAAGGAUGUCCUCGGCUGUGUCUGUGUGAACCCCGGGCGCCUUACCAAAGGGCAGGUGGGAGGCACCUUCGCCCGACUCUACCUCAGGAGGCCGGCAGUGGACGGGGCAGAGAGGCAGAGUCCGUGCGUUGCUGUGCAGGUUGUCAGGAUCUGAGGCUUCUGUCCUCUGCUGUUCUCUGCUGUGUGGGCCCUUAAAGUCUUAGCCAAGAGCCAAGACAUAGCCCUGUGACAAGGUGAACAGUUGGAUGGGGAAGGAGAGAGGAGCCAGCGAGGGAGGGGCAGCUGCAGUGACCAGGUCCAGCAGGGAGUGAUCGUGCAGCCGGGCCUGCCUGUGAGUGGUGCCUCUCCUGGAAGGAAGCUCUUGCUUCUCAGUCCAUGCUCCGUGUCCAGAAGUAAGCCAGCUGUGGAUCCUGCCCACUCAGAAAAGGCGAGAAGUCUUCGUGAUUUUCUGCAUGAAUCAAACACAGACACGACUUUUGGAGAAAUUAAAUUCUGAGUGUGACUUCUGA